CCGAGCCGGGCUGAGCCGAGCCCGGCAGGGCUGAGCCGAGCCGAGCCGGGUGGGUCCCGCCGGCAGCGAGGGUGAGGUGGGAUUGGUGCUGGCAGCGGCGGGGGGCUCCAGCCAUGGAGCAGAGCCAGGUGGGUGCCUGAGGCUGCUGGAAGGAGCAGGAGGGCAUGCGGGACAUGGAACCCCCCAACAGCAGCACGGCCAGGCAGGCGGACUCGUGCUUCGGGGUGUUCAAUGCCAGCGAUGGCCGUGCCAGCGCACAGAACAGCAUCGCCUCACCCUGGUUCUCCACGGCCUUCGGCCUCAUCGGCCUCUGUUCCAACCUCUUUGCCCUCUGCGUCCUGGUCAGCUCCUCCCGCAAGCUCUCCAGCCAGGCCCGCUCCUCCUUCCUCAUCUUCCUCUGUGGGCUGGUGGUCACAGACUUCAUGGGGCUGCUGGUGACAGCCUCGGUCAUCAUCCCCUACCACUUCACCAAGUUCUCCUGGGCCAAGGUCGACCCUGGCUGCCACCUCUGCAACUUCCUCGGCUUCUCCAUGGUCUUCUUCGGGCAGUGCCCGCUGCUGCUGGGGGCCACCAUGGCCGGGGAGCGCUUCUUGGGCAUCAACCGCCCCUUCUCGCGCUCCACCAGCCUCUCCAAGCGCCGCGCCUGGGCCAUUGUGGGGCUGGUGUGGGGCUUCUCCUGCGUGCUGGGACUGCUGCCGGUGUUUGGGCUGGGGCGCUACACGCUGCAGUUCCCUGGCUCCUGGUGCUUCCUCACCCUCCUGCCCGACACUGGCAACAUCAUCUUCUGCCUGCUCUUUGCACUGCUGGGCAUCCUCUCCGUGCUGCUCUCCUUCGUCCUCAACACCGUCAGCGUGGUCACACUCUGCCGCGUCUACCACGACCGCGAGUCGGUGCAGCGGCGCCGUGACAGCGAGGUGGAGAUGAUGGUGCAGCUCGUGGGCAUCAUGAUCAUCGCCACCAUCUGCUGGAUGCCCCUCCUGAUCUUCAUUGUCCAGACGGUCCUACAGCACCUGCCUGGCCAGGCCCAGGUGCUGCCCACGGACACGCAGGAGAUGCUGCUGAUCUACAUCCGCAUGGUCACCUGGAACCAGAUCCUGGACCCCUGGGUGUACAUCCUGUUCCGCCGGGCCGUGCUGCAGCGGGUGUACCCCCGGCUGCCCCCCCGGGCCUCCAUCGUCUCCCUCAGCCCCUCCCUGCCCCGCAAGCUCACCGCCGGCUCUGUCCUGCAGUAGCACCCUGGGGACGGGCACUGGGCAGGGGGACAUGGCCAUCCCCAUCCCACCCCCACAGGGGAUCCUCAUUACCUGCAUCCAGGGGCUUCCCCCCUCACAAGCCCGAUAGCCAAGGUGCUGUCAGGGGGCACAGGGCUGCUUCCCCCUCCCCGUCCCCAAUAAAGCACAGCUCGUGAAGCUCUUGGUGCCCGCUGGGGGUGACCACCCAGGGGGGCCCCGGGAGGGUACCUGGGAGGAACCCACCCUGCUGACAA